AUGGAGGAGCGAGACUAUCCUGACAUUGUCUCUCGUUCAGCCCUGAAGAAGUGGGGCUGGACCGAUACUCUAAUCGACCGAUACUUGGGAGAUCCCGACGAACUUGGAACUAACCCCAUUUCCCCAUCUGGACCCGACGUAAAGUACUAUAAGAAGGAACGAAUUCAGGAGACAGAGCGCAGGAGCGAAGUUAAGGAAGCCUUGGUCAAGGUACUAGAAAAGCGUAACGGAAGUGCAUUGGGUACCGACAGAAAAACACCUUCCAGAGCUUCAUCUCCUAAACGGGGAAAAACAUCACAGAGAGGUGCUAGAGAUUCGAUUGCACACAGGAUCGGGGCUGCUUCCGGCAAGCGCUUGGUCAUAGUCGAGUCCCCGGCCAAGGCCCGCACCGUGGGUCAGAUCCUGGGCAACAGGUACGUGGUAACCGCUUCCCAGGGGCACGUGCGUGAUCUGCCUAAGGGCAAAAUGGGUGUGGAUCUGGACAAUGAUUUUGAACCUUCCUACGUCACCAUGCGGGACAAGAUGCCCCUGGUCAAGGAGAUAAAGCGGGCCGGAGACGAGGCUGCCGACAUUUAUCUGGCUACCGACCCGGAUCGGGAAGGGGAGGCCAUUUCCUGGCACUUGCAGACCGCCGCCGGCUGGGACAAGGCCACCGCCAAUCCGCCCAAGCGGGUGGUCUUCCACGAAAUUACCAAGGACGCCGUGGAAGAGGCGUUCAAACACCCUCGUGAAAUAGACAUGAAGCUGGUCAAUGCCCAGCAGGCUCGUCGCAUUCUUGACCGACUGGUGGGCUACCAGAUUAGCCCCCUGUUGGGCAAGCGGGUGCAGCGUGGCACUUCCGCUGGGCGGGUGCAGUCGGUUUCCCUCAGAUUGGUGACCGACCGGGAGAAGGAAAUCCAGGCCUUCAUUCCUGUGGAAUCCUGGUCUCUGGAUGCCGAGCUUCACAAAGCCGCCGACCAAGCUACCAAGGCGAACCUGUUUCCAGCCGCCCUUCACUCUAUCAAGGGCAAUCGCCAGCGUCUGACCAUUUCGGCGGAAGAAGAAGCCCGGGGCUAUGAGUCCGAGUUGAAGGAAGCCGCGUAUGCCGUUGCCGAGGUGCGCAAGCGGGAAGUACGCCAACGUCCCGCCGCGCCCUUCACCACCAGCACUUUGCAGCAGGAAGCCGGGCGCAAACUCCGCUUCACUGCCCAGCGUACCAUGUCAGUGGCCCAGCAGUUGUACGAAGGGCUCACGGUGGGCAGCGAAGGGUCGGUGGGCCUGAUAACCUACAUGCGGACCGAUUCGGUCCAGGUGGCGGAAACUGCCGUACAGGAAGCCCGCCUGUAUAUAGGCGACAAGUAUGGCAAGGAUUACCUGCCCGACAAACCUCGCGCCUACCGCACCCGCACCAAGUCUGCCCAGGAAGCCCACGAGGCAAUUCGGCCUACCGCGAUAGGCCGGAGCCCAGAUUCACUGAAACCGUACCUCACCACCGAGCAAUUCCGGCUCUAUGGCCUCAUCUGGGCCAGGAUGCUGGCCAGCCAGAUGGCCGACGCUCUUUCGGACGCUACCACUGUCAACAUUGAUGCCGCCUGCAAACCCCUGGCCGACGGCGAAGAGGGGUCGGUGCUCAAGUUCCCCGGCUUCAGGACUCUCUAUAUGGAAGGGAAGGACGAGGGAGACGCCGAAGAGGCUUCUAACUCUUUGCCGGAACUUGCCGUGGGGGAUGCCCUCAACUGCAAUAGUCUUGAGGCAAACCAGCACUUUACCCAACCGCCGCCGCGCUUCACCGAAGCGACGCUGGUUAAGGCGAUGGAGGAAAGAGGUAUCGGACGGCCCAGCACCUACGCACCCACCAUCGGCGUAUUGCUGGCGCGCAACUACGUUUCCAAGGAAAACAACAGCCUUCAUCCCUCCCUGUUGGGUACCACUGUGUCGGAUUUGCUGACCCAGUUCUUCACCGACAUAAUGGACCCCGACUUCACUGCCUACAUGGAGGAAAAGCUGGACGAGGUAUCCCAGGGGGAGCGGGAAUGGGUGCCCAUGCUACAGGAGUUUUAUGGCCCCUUUGCCGAGCACCUGGACAAUGCCAACGAGAACAUGCCCAGGGUGAAACCGGAGGACGAGGCAACCGACGAAGUCUGCGAGAAUUGUGAAAAACCCAUGGUCAUCAAGACCGGCCGUUUCGGUCGCUUCAUGGCCUGCACCGGCUACCCCCAGUGCCGUACCACCCGUCAGAUCAAGGAAACGGGUGAGGGCGCCAGUGCCUCCGCCGAUACCGAAACGGAUGAAAUCUGCGAGCAAUGCGGCAAGCCCAUGGUGCUAAAGACCGGGCGUUUCGGGCAGUUCAUCGCAUGCAGUGACUAUCCCACCUGCAAGAACACCCACCCGAUGAAGACUGGCGCCAAAUGCCCUCUCUGCGAUGGCGACCUGGUGGAACGGGGCAGUCGUCGGGGAGUGUUCUACGGUUGCUCCAACUACCCGGAGUGCAAGUACACCAACAACCGGCGGCCCCUGCCAGACCCCUGCCCGGAGUGCGAUGGGUUGAUGGUGGGGAACCGGGAUGGCAGCAGCGCCUGCACCGUGUGCGCCUGGAAAGCCGCCGCCCCGGAAGCCACAGAUGCCGAGGCGUCUGGGUCCAGUCAGGAACAGGAGUUGGCUACCGUCGGGGACUGA